GCCUUCACCGCACGUGGUCGGUGGAGUCCGCCUGGGACUCAAAGCAGUGCCCCUCGUCUGCAGCACCAGCUGGUUUCUUUCCUGCUCCUAUCGCUCGCAAUGUCCACGUCCACGAGCUGCCCUAUUCCAGGGGGUCGGGACCGGCUGCCUGACUUCUACAGCACCACGCCGGGGGGCACGUUGUAUGCCACGACCCCAGGAGGCACCAGGAUCAUCUACGACAGAAAGUUCCUGCUGGAAUGCAAGAACUCACCCAUUGCCCGGACACCCCCCUGCUGCCUCCCUCAGAUUCCCGGGGUCACAACUCCAACUGUCCCACCCUCCAAGCUGGAGUUGCUGAAGGAGCAGAAGGAGACAGAGGAAGAGAUACUCGAUGAUGCACAGUUUGAAAUGGACAUCUAACCCUGUACAGAUGACCAUGUGUACGGAGUUAUAGAGGGAUCCCUCAUGCCGCUGCUGCCACCACCUCUUCCUGGGGCCUCAUCUAAUCGGGAAAGGGAUGACUUGGUUCUGGACCUCCUUUAUUUCUAAGGCAGCUAGACCAGAGAUGGGAGCAGGCAACUUGCCAGGCCCUUGGCUCUCUUUGGUCUGUGGGUCCUCACCCUAAACCCCAGCGCUCCAUGCUCAGGCCUGGGACUAGGGGAGAGUGUGUGUCACUUUUGGGCUGCUUAGUAAACAUUCAAAGAAAUGUCUUGGCUCCAUUGUUCUCAAUGUUGACCUCACCUCAGCCACAAAGCUGAGGGCCUCGGUAGACCUAGUUAAGAGGACUCUGAUCUGUUCCCAGUUUCCCCUGGGCCUACUUCUAGUAGUAAUUAUUGCCUAAGGCAAGCUAUAGGUGUUGCCAAACCAAACAACAAUAGCCUGUCCUUCCAGCUGCUGUUUCUCUUGAGGAAGCAGCCUUCCUGGAAUUAGGCCUCCUUUUCCCUGUGGCCCCUCUUCUAUCCAUUCUUAAGCAGGACUCCUGAAGGAAAGGUGUUGUCCUAGGAUAUGGACAUCCUGUCUCCCCUUGCCGGUGCCUCUUUCCUUUUGGUACCAAUUCUCGUUCUAACACUGAAAAGCCUGUACCCUUCCUUCUCACAGCAUAGCUCAUCAUGACCACCCCCCAACCAAGUUAUGUUCAGAGUUGCAACAUUAGGGCCCACACUGGCACUCAAAAUUAGCAGCUUGCUUGGUCAGAUAAACAGUCAUGAUUCCAAAUCACAGUACUGUGGUAUUUUUCUCCUUCAAUUUAUAUAGCAGGCACUGGGCAUGGUGGUGCAUGUCUGUAAGAAGAUCACUGCAAGUUUAAAGACAAGUAGUGAGUUCAAAGCCAGCCUGAACUGCACAAUAACACUGUCUCAACCCUUCCCCCUGCCAAAUUUAUACAAUAGAUAAUCCCACACUAAUUUUACUCUAGCAUCUAUAUACCUCAAAGAUGAUACAGUGCAAAAAGGAAUCUUGGCUGGGUGUGAUAGCUCAUGCAUAUAAUCCUACUACUCAGAAGGCUGAAACAGGAAGAUCAUUGAGAAUGAGGCCAAUAU